AUGGCAGUCUCCAAAUAUGAUGAGAAGCCCGAAGCAGCGGAAGCAUCCGAAACCCAGAACCCAGAGGUAGCUGAUGAGCCCAAGAACGGUAAGAAAAGGGAUACGGAGGAAAUGCAGCACGAGAAAGGCGAAGACAGAGAGGAUGCUCUGCAAGAACCUGGCAGCCUUGAUGCAAAAACUUUGUCGCUGGCAGUUUGCGCAGUCUUGGAAGGGAAGGACUUGGACACCGUCUCCUUGAAGGAUUUCCGCCUUGCUCUGGAGCAACAUCUCGACCUGAAGUCCGGGGCUUUGGAGUCUCGCAAAGAAGAGAUCAAUGAGUUGGUGAAAGCUGAGAUUGGACGCCCAGAAGAGAAACCGAGGAGGACCCAAGCAGCUGCGCGUACCAAGCGAAAGGCGGCUCAAGUAGAUUGGCGCCGCUCCGUGCGCCGAGCAGAGAAGGCCCCAAAGGCAUCAGAGGAAAAAGUGGAGGGAGAGAAUCCGCUUGACCAAGAGGAGAGAAAAGAUCCCGCGUUGGACAUGCCACCCUCCAUGCCAGCACAAAUUUCAGGGCAAGACUUGCAGCUGACCGGAAAGACCUUUGCCAGUGGGACCUUUGGAUAUCAUGGAUGUGCCGGGCUUGUGGUAGAGAUCGGUGGCCAACGGCGGAGCAUGAUGUGCCAGAUUAGCUGUGCUCUUCUGAACGAGUCGACGACAGUGGGAAUCCUCAUUGCUGGACUCGCGGCACUCAGCAGGCGCCUACGCGCUAUUGUCAUUGCAGCACCAGCUGUGGAGAAUGUAUCAGAGCUACUGGGCUGGGCGCGUCGUGGACUGACUGCGCUGGGUCAAGGUUGCUUGAACUUGGACCCUCGAGGAAGCUUUUGUACUACCAGGCCUGAAGACAACUCGGACACCUCCACUCUUGGCAUUUGCGAUGACAAGGCGGUGCAAGGCUGCCAGCAAGGAUGUCAAGUCCUGGUCUCUGACCUGGCAACGGCUCCCCAGUUGCUGUUUGCGCUUGCUGGGAUGGGUCACGAGGUGGUCGUAGUAUGUGAUGAGGCGGCAUCGGUUGAAAUCCCUGUCAUCAAGUCAAUCCUUGCAGCCCCUUCCAGAGCUGUGAUUAUGGCUGGGACCACCUCAAGCUGUGAAGGCACAGGUUCUGCACUUGAAUGGAAGUUGCUCUUGGACACUGCAGGUGCCACAGGCUUCAAGCAGACUCGCCUCUUUUUGAAGGAGCCUAUACGAUACGGGUCUGGGUGCCCCUUGGAAGAGCUGCUGGACUCAAUGCUGUUCCUCGGUGCGACUGGUGAGCAUCCUCUCCACGAGCUCGGGAAUCUUGCAGAGUUGGGCCCCGAGGCUACAAAACUUCUACAACUGGAUCCGGCCUCUUUUACAGCUUCCACCGAAUUCUCCAAAGCGUUGGUCGCAGUGCUACAAACGCAUUAUCGCACUUCCGCCAGCGACAUCAGCAUGAUUACGCAGAAGUAUACUCGAACAAUGGUGCUGGUUCCGGACGGAAGCAUUGAAGGAUUGCGUUGUCCAUUGCCGCUGGUAGUCCUGCUGUGUAUCCUUGAAGCCCCAGAGCUCUCACAAUUGGAGGAAAAUCGAGGGUCCAGUCGGCUUUCAAGGUCCCAUCUCAUGACCUUUUGUAUCGAACAGGACUUCCCGGAAAUGCAGCUUUCUGGCUUGCGAGGCCUGCGGGUGGCGCGCGUUGUUUGCGAUCCCCGUUUACGAGGUUGUGGCUUUGGGAGUGAGGCCAUUCGGCAGUUGGUGGCGCACUUGACGGAGGCAAACCUUCACAUGCUUGAGCCUGGCGAUUCCGAUAAGAUAAGUGGGUUGGGCCCACUUCAACUUGAGCCAUGUGCAUGGCUGGGUGCAUCUUUCGGCCUUACAGCACCGUUGCUGCGGUUUUGGUCUCGUCUUGGGUUGCAGCCAGUAGCUUUGUCGCCAGUGUGGCCCUCGCCGUUUCGAGCCCGCUUGCAGAUGUGUCAAAGGCUUUGCAGAUGA